AUGUCCAGAACAAUGCCUGCACCAAUUUCAAUGGAUAGGCCUAUAGAACGCUUUGUAGAGGUGGUUCAAAAGCGAAUACUCAAGGGACGUAGACUAARGACAAUAGUCCUUACGCACUACGGCUCUUUGUUGUCGCUGGCUGUGGAUAUAAAGUCCCAAAUAGCAACAGARGGACAGCAAGAAAUGGCGAGCGCUAUAGAGGUUAUUGGUGCUAUAAUUACGAGAGCUUUAUUCGCUUCACAUGGAGCUUUCGUCGUUAUGAUGGUCGUGAACUUGUUUCCAGGAAACGAGUACUGGUAUUUGUUGAUUGGGCUUUGUUUACUGGGCCUCGAGAUGUGCUUUACUUUGUUUAUUCGGAGAGGACGAGAAUACAAAUUUGUCUGGCCAAGCUGUUUCUUCUAUUUGUGUUCUGUUGUUCCGUGCAUUUGGAUCAUUGAACUGAAACAACUCGAUGGUAGAAUYAUGAGAAGCGCGCAGAGUACUACACAGUCACGACUAUUCGGGUUCAAAUACGACGAAGAUUUCGCCCGUAAAUUCAGCGAAGUAGGACUGGUUCUUAUUAUCAUCGCUGGCCGUUGGAUCCUACCACGUGGUCCCAUAACACGUGAUCAACUCUCCGCUCUCUUGCUGGAGUAUGUUGCUAUAGCAGCGGACAUUUUGGAAAUAUUUCAAGCAUUCGAGGAAGAAGAGGUUAUGAAUAAUAGGAAUGUAAUUAGAACAACUUUGGGAAUAUACUCUUGGAGUCUUCUACAAUUUAUAAUAUGCUUCACGGCUUUUUCUGAGGACAAGGAAGAAGAGGAAGAACAAGAUGAAGAAAAUGGCGAAAAAAAGUCUGGCCAAAACCCACAGCUUCAGGGACAGAAUUCAAGAAAAUAUUUACGAAAAUUGAUUGAGAGAAAAGAAAAAGAAGAAAAAAAGAAAAGAGAAGAUUCCUACAAGGUUAAAGAAGAAGAUGGAGUACAACAAAGACAACUUCAUGGCGAUGUUUAUGGUAUUCUUGCUGCGAUCUUCAUGCAAGAUGGUCCAUACCUCGGCCUACGAAUGUAUUUGAUUGUGCAACAUAGCAUUCGAGGAGAGCUGCAGUUCUUUUUCGCUGGGAAAAACACUGUUACCAUUGCGUUAUUACUGUAUAGACUGUAUGCCAUUCAGUGCAAACGUAAAGAGGACGAUGAAGUUUAUGAUAAGCAAAUGAGRGCKGCUUCMGAYGCYAUUUUACAAGUUAGUUACUUGAAAGAGUGGAGGAAUUCAAGCAGCGRAAAGGACAUGGAUGAAAAUGGAAACGCACGACACGAAGAYAAAAUCAAGAAACAGAUUUCAUUUGAAGCGAAGGCUUGAAACAUUGCCAAAAAAAUAUUAUAAAAAGAUGUUUCUUGAGAAACAAACAAUAGCACGCAAAUAYGAAACAAACAAACGAAAAAAAUACGUUUCUGUUACAUUAUUGAUCGUUUUCAACCAUUCCAAUAAUGAGAUUCAAAAGAUAAAAGACCGGCGACCAUGUUGGAGGAAUGAGCAAUAGAUACUAAUGAGAAAUCCUUUGUUAAAGUUCAUCCAAGAUGGCCGCUGUGACGUUCAGUGAAAACGGAGAAUAGAUGAUAUGCCAAUAAGAAAAUUAUUAUUGUAAAUAAAAAGUUCUAUUUUUUAUACUCCACAAUAAAUAAUUAUAUGAAUAAAACAACACUGAUCAUGU